CAAAUGCAGUGGGAUGCCUGCUCGGCCGACUGCCGCCCCGGCCCCGAGCCCUGGGCUCACUCCUCAGCCUGCUGCCGAGUUUCGCUCCGCAGUCCUGCGCGGCAUCCGCCGAGCUUCGCCCCCUUGCCCAGGUCUGCAGAUGGAUGGAUGCUGGGCAGGCUUCCUUCCCCUGGUCGGGUUAACGCCGGCUUAGGCUAAAGCCCCAAAGCUCCCACGUUGGGCCUCCGGUUUAUCAGCCCGCCCCCACCACCACUACCAAAGGACGUGCCCCUUUGGUAGUGUGUCGGGGCUCCCAGCCCAAGCGAGGGGGAGGACACCUCCCUAUCCCCUCCUCCCCAUCCGCGCGGCGGCUCGGGGUUUUACUGCAGCAGCCGGAGGUGACAGCGACGCCUUAGCCUCCUCCGUUGCUCUCAGAGCCCCGGCUUCCCCUGCAUCCGGAAAGCGCCCCCUCCAGAGAGGCUGGUCCCCGGAGAAGUGCUAACGAGCUGCAGAAAACCAAAUUUAAAACUGUAGAAGUCGCUGGGCUGCAUUCCUCCGAGGACGAGCCUGAUCGCCCAGGACUGAGAGUGGCAGCGUGUGGGAAGUUGGGACCGUAGAGCAAGGGGGGAGGGGAGUGGUGCAGCCGGCAUUCUCUUCUGGAAGGAAUCGCUGGGAGCAGUGCUGUUGGACACAAGUUUGCGUGGGAGUGUUUUCCUUUUGUCAAUAAUUAAUCACCGGAAUCAGUCUGGCAGAAUUGGAGUUUUAGCAAUAGUGCAGAGGGCGGGGCCGAACACCUAACUCCAGGACGCUCAGAGCCACCCGGCGCAGUGGGAAGCUGGCAGCAGCUGGGGAGGAGCCAAAGCCUGGGUGCUCACCUAAGCCGCAGGGAGAUACACCCAACCGGGAGAUGAAGAAACAGCAACCCAGAGAAGAGAAGUAACCCACACAGGAUCAUUCCUUAGAGGCACAAGGGCAAGAACCCAAUCUGGACCCUCCCUGGCAGGACAGACUUUCUGCAGCUUGAAAGGAGCCGACCAUGGAUUUCAGACGUGUGAAGGACUAUUUCUCCUGGCUCUACUAUCAGUACCAAAUCAUUAGCUGCUGUGCUGUCUUGGAACCCUGGGAGCGAUCCAUGUUCAAUACGAUCUUACUAACCAUUUUUGCUAUGGUGGUAUACACCGCCUAUGUUUUUAUCCCAAUCCACAUUCGUCUGGCUUGGGAAUUUUUCUCCAAAAUGUGUGGCUAUCACAGUACAAUUUCUAAUUGAUCUUAGUUGCAUUCUGUGAAUCGGCAUUGCCUCUGUAAAUGUUGCUUACAACUUACCAACUUACAUGAAUACUGUGUCUUCUUCCACUCUCUGAUCUGAAAAGCUCCCUUCUCUAUGCACUCUUGUAUCUUGCCUGAAAUGUGAGAUAGGUGUCUCUUUAGGUUCUUUUGUACAUUCUGCAUUGUGCAUCGGACCAUGGAUAACACAAAGACCUUACCUCACAUACCAGCCGUAUUCUCUCAACUUAAAUCUACAACUUCAGAUUUUUUUUUUUUAAUCAGAAAUUUCAUAUAAAAUUUUUCUGGGAAGUUGGCUCCUAAGAGACAUACCAGAAUCAUAUUUAAAAUGCUCCCUUGAUACUUGUUCUGUACUAAAGGGUCUAUUUUUUAAAAUCUGUUCAUAAGCUCCUGUCAAAAGUAUCCUAUCCUUGUUUACAACAUAUGAAAAGAUAUGAAUAAAUUAUAUGGGCCCCCUAAAGUCUUAUUUUCUAGUAAACUGCUGAUACCUAAAAUUCUUUUAGUUCAAGUGCAAAAGAAUAGGCUGGAGGCAAUUAUCUCUUUUCAGACACGGUUCAUGAAUUAUUUCAAAUGCCUUCUAAAAGUCUGGAUUUAUAACAGGUUAAAAUCAACAAUGUUGAUUUUAGAUAACCCAGUAAGUAUUAUGAUACAAAAAUGUUAAGUGUAAGGAACAAAACAUAAUCAAAGUAAAUUUAGAUAUUGUGACUUGCGA